AGGAGUGUUUUCUGCAGCACACCAACAGAGGUACCGAUGGAAACUAUCAAAACUGCUGUGGCGACCCCUGGGAAACAGGGAACAAGCCCAAAGAAGAAGAAGAAGAAAAGUAUUAGUUUAAUUGUGACGGUGAAGGUGGAGUCCGGCAUUUCUCUGACUUCAUCCCAGACGGCCGAGCUUCAGUUCCUCCGCUCACGAGUCCGAGAGCUGGAGAGAGAGAAGGCCGUGAUGGGAGCCGAGAACCAGAGGCUGAGAAACAUGCUGGUUAAUGAGAUCCCUGGUCUGCUAUCCACCAUGUGGCAGACCCUGGGCCAGGCCAACCAUCCCCAUGCCUCUCCAACCUCCAUCUCCAUGGCAAUAGGGAGAGGAGAUGACUACACCUCCUACCAGCAUCAUCAACCCAUGACCAAUCACUCCUCUCAGGGUGGGGACUACAGCCCCCCUGGCCACACCCACUCCUACCCCCUGCCCAACCACUCAGCACUGGGACACGAGGACCUGAAUGGAGACAUGUCAGACUACGGUGCGCCCAUCAGCUCGGGCGAAGAGGAGGUGACAGGAGGAGACAUGGGGCUGGGGGGUGAUAUUGGGGGGGAGGUGCCUAUGUGCAGCCAGACCGACCUGGCCGAAAUGAGGAGGAGAUGCUCAGAGAGCAGCUGUGCUAACGGCGAUGCCAACUCCCAUGUCAACUUUGUCGAGGUCUUCCCCGGCUCCGGCGUCCUCUGUGACAUGCGCUCCUGGAACGCAGCCAAUCAGGCGCAGUCUGCCACCGCCAUGGCCCGGACACUGUUGCUGGGCGUGUUUGAUAUGGACACCCUGAUGAACAGCAAUCUGAGAGGGGGACGGAGCCGCAGAGCGGCCUUCCAUCCACAACGCAGCGCCCUGGACCCCCACAAAAUCAACGCCAUCUUUAACGCCACCCUGUCCCGCUUCCCUCUGGCUCGGAAGGGGGUGAUUGGUACCGGGAUAAACUCGAAACUCUCGGAGAUCCGCUUCCACAUGAGGAGAGCCAACCGUGAGCCCAAGUUCCCGUGACUAACAUCCAGUCAGCCCCACCCACCACCAGACCCGGGUUCCUUGUCAGAACUUUGCAAACUGGGCUGGACCUGACUGGCAGAUCCCAUUAUAGUUUAAUAUGAUCUCAUGACAGACCUGUCAGAAUUAUACACAUUUAUGGAUUCGUAUAUUUCCUGUA